CAACCAGGGAAUGCUAUGCGUUGCUUUGUUCCUACGUCAGUCAUUGGAAGGGAGAUGUCGGCGUGUUGGUGGAAGUGCUAGUGUGUGAUUAUUGAUUUCAUUUUGUUAUUUUUACCUUUCUAAAUUUCUCACUUCCUUACAUAUAAAAACUAUAAUAAUGGCAACUGCAGCUAACAUUAAGGAAUUCAUUGUUGGGGGAAAAUAUCGUUUAGUGCGAAAAAUCGGUAGUGGUUCCUUUGGUGAUAUAUAUCUUGGAAUCAACGUAACAAAUGGAGAGGAAGUAGCUGUGAAGUUAGAGAAUAUGAGAGCAAGACAUCCACAACUACUUUAUGAAAGCAAAUUGUACAAGAUCUUGAAUGGUGGAGUUGGAAUUCCCCACAUACGAUGGUAUGGUCAAGAACGAGAAUACAAUGUUUUGGUCAUGGACCUUUUGGGUCCAUCCUUAGAGGACUUGUUCAACUUCUGCUCACGCCGUUUUACUAUCAAGACAGUGCUAAUGUUGGCUGACCAGAUGAUCGGGCGCAUUGAGUAUGUGCAUUGCAAGAGUUUCAUUCACAGAGAUAUCAAGCCAGAUAACUUUCUCAUGGGUAUUGGAAGGCAUUGUAAUAAGUUGUUCCUGAUUGACUUUGGGCUUGCCAAGAAGUAUCGUGACACCCGCACUCGGGCCCACAUUGCUUAUCGUGAGGAUAAGAACCUGACUGGCACAGCCCGUUAUGCCUCCAUCAAUGCACACUUGGGCAUUGAGCAGAGCCGCAGAGAUGAUAUGGAGUCUUUGGGGUACGUGCUCAUGUACUUCAACAGAGGGAGUUUGCCUUGGCAAGGUCUAAAGGCAGCUACCAAAAAACAGAAGUAUGAAAAGAUAAGCGAGAAGAAGAUGUCUACUCCAGUCGAAGUGUUGUGUAAGGGCUUCCCAGCAGAAUUUGCCAUGUACCUUAACUACUGCCGUGGUCUGCGAUUUGAGGAGGGCCCCGACUACAUGUACCUGCGCCAACUAUUCCGCAUUCUAUUCCGCACGUUGAACCACCAAUAUGACUACACUUUUGACUGGACGAUGCUGAAGCAGAAGGCUGCUAAUGCAGGCACUGGUGCAGUGGGUGCUGCUGGGGCCACGGCUGGUAUUGCUACUCAAGGUGGGAAAUCUACUUCUGCUGUAGUGGCCCCUCCAACCACUGUUGCCGCGACCAACCUGACCCCGGGAAUGUACCGGGACAAGGAGCGUGGGGACAAGCGCGAGUGAUGAUGGGACAUUUCAUUGUGUGCAACACGCCUGCCAUGUCCAUUCCAUCUCUUGCUAUCAAGUGUCCCUUCCUCCCUCUCUUCUAGCUUUUUCUCUUUACCAUAAAUUGUUAUAUUUGUUUGAAUGAAAUGUUUGUGUAAGUAAAGAUGCUUGAAAAGCUUGUAUGUAUGAAGCCCUUUUGUUAUAUCCUUCUCUAUCCUUGGAGAUCAUUCAGUUUAGGUUGGAUGCUUAAAUUGUCAACAGCAUUGUGUAUGUUUUCGGAGAAAUUAAUAAAAAGGAAGAGGAAGGGCUACAAUUUUCUGUUGAAGUAUAUGGAAAAUCGUCUAACGUUUAAUGAUUCAAAGAAAUUCUUUGAUUCAUUAUCACAUAUACAAGUGAAGUAAUGUUGUACAGUACUCUUUGUGUAUUCAGUUUGUAUAAUGUUGAUUGAACAAUUGUGCUAUCAUCAUUUUCUUGUUAUUAAUUAUUUCUAGAAUGUCAGUCUACAUAGGUUAAUAUUUAUGUUUAUUAAGUGUUCUGUAAGAGUGAUAGUGGAAUAUCACAUAAUUGAAAAAUAGUUCUUUGUAUCUAUUAUUCUACUUUUCAAUGUUAAAAAUGUAACUUAGUAAAGUUUUGUUUGAAGUCAUAACUUCUUGAAACUUUUAAAUUUGUGUGAGAAAAAAUCAAGGGUACAUUAAACAGACUUUUAUUUGCACAAGAUAUAAUUGAGGGGGCAACAUUUAUUUUGUAAGGUCUCCGUUCAAGAAUAUCAUGGACGGGGGAUUAAAUCAGCCAGCAAAAACAUAGCUUUGUUAAAAUAUUUAGAAAUACAGCGUUUAUUUUGGUUUUGUGCUGAAGAUAGUGAAUUCCUUAUAACAUACUGUAUACCUUUUAUUCUGAGAGAUGCAGAAGUCGUCAUAGUAAUGUAAAUAAUUAAAAAGUGCUGUUGAAGCUUCCCAAUAUUGAAAAUGUUGCAAGUUUCUUUUCUUUUGAUUAUUAAUCCCAUUGUAAGGGAAAUUUAAUUGGAGAGUACUUGUGGAUUAUGAAAUGUGUGUGGAGAGUGAAUCUUGAGUGUUUGUGGCAUGAAGGAAUGAAUGUUUUAAGUGUUAUAUUAACUAUUUAAAUUUUAAGCAUCAUUCAUUUUUCUCUGAAAAUCUUAUAGGAAACUUCAGUCACAUUGUUUUCCAUGAGUAAAAUGACUUGCUAUUAUAGACUCAGGGAACACAUGGUCAGUCUUCUUUUCACAUGAAACUUUCAUUUCCUUUUUUAAAUUGAACAAAUUCCUUAUUUAAUGGGAGAAUAUCAAAAAACAAAGCAACUUAAUAUUUUAAGUUAUUUUUAUUAUCUUGUGCAUGCAAAAAUUGCCUUGUAAAUUCAUAUACAUAUGAUUUCUUGAACAAAGAAAGGUAAAUAAUGUGGCCCAACGUUUUCUGAACACUGGUGCCAAUGGUGAGUUCUGCAGUUCACAAAAUACAGACAAAAUAAUGUAUUUUCCUGUAUCCUGUUUUCCAAUGGCCUGUGUCUUAGCUCUGUGUAAUUCAAUUAUAUGCUUAAAAGGAAAAGAAAUAGAACCAGGAGGAAAUCUGUUAUCUCAUUUGCAAGGGAGGUAAUGCAUACCUUCCAAAUGUAAAAAAAUAAAAACUAAGAAGCCAAUAAAUGUUCAAGUGAUGCUAAGUAUUGUGUUUCUUUUGAAGCUAACAGUCUUUUCCAUGUUUAUUAACACCAAGUGCACAUCAGUAUAAAAGUGCCACAGUCCAAUAGUUUUGUUUCCACCAAUUUGAAAUAACGAAGAGAGCAUCAUUUGAACAGAUUGGAUCAACAGCAGCAGCGGAAAUAAUUACGUAUCUUAAUUUUCAUUUGUUGGCUAGGCUAUCCGAGACAAGCUGCGUCAGUGUCAUUGUGGCAAACGUUUCGGCCAGCGUAUUGUGGCCUUCUUCAGAGCGAAGGCCACAAUAUGCUGGCCAAAACGUUAGCCACCAUGACAUUGAAGCGGCUCGUCCCGG